CGUGAGCGUGCGUCAGGUGAGCUCGCAGCGGCAGGUGCCACGUGACGUCAUCACAGCGCUUAGUUACUCCAGCAAAGAUUUACAGACAAUACAACAGCACUAAACUAAGAUCAGCGCGCGCUGACACCAGACUUGAUCGAUUCAGAUGAGCGCUGCAGAGCAGUGAAACAGCUCGAGAUCAUUUCACGCGGUUAUUAUUGAUCGCGAAGUGAAAAGAUGGGCCGUAAGAAGCAGGAGGAAGAGCAAAACAACCCCGAGUAUGGUGAACCAGCUCAAUUUGACCCCACAUUCACCGGCCCCAUUCACAACAGGAGCUGUACGGACAUCAUAUGCUGCGUUCUGUUCAUGGUGGUCAUCGCCGGUUACAUGGUGGUAGGAAUUCUGGGAAUUUUAGGAUACAAAUCUGAGACAAAGUUGGUGUGUGUGAAGACGUGUCCGUCAGAGUUCUGGAUUUUGCCUCCCAGCGCCCACUUCCCAGGUGCAAAACCGGCUGAUUUUUUCAAACAGGAGUACUGUGUCCCGUCCUUACAGCUGAAAGACACGAUAUAUUCAGCUAUGGACAUUGUAAAUAAAGAGUUGUGUCCUUUAUUCUACAUGCCGACAACCUCCGUGUUGGGACGGUGUUUGCCCAGUUUGGGAGGAAUUGCCUAUAAUCCCAGUAACUUUCCCACAAACUUCACUCUUCAUGGAUUGGAUGUAAAUGAUAAAUUGAAAAUAAGUAGGGCGACAAAUGACGUCACCAACAGCUUCAACAUCAAAGAUUUUAUGUUACGUGUGUGUGAAUUUUGAGUGAAAGUAUAUAUAUAUAUUGUCAGUGGUCUGGUGAUUGCGAUGGUGGUCAGCGUUCUCUUUCUGCUGCUGCUGCGUUUCACGGCGCCGGUUCUCGUCUGGGUUCUCAUCAUCGGCGUUCUGGCAGUCGGCGCCUUCGGAAUCUGGUACUGUUAUAAUGAGUACAUGUCUCUGGUGAGCUCUAGCCUGACCUUCAGUAACGUGGGUUUCACCAGUAACGUGCAGGUCUAUCUGCAGGUGCGAGACACCUGGCUGGCCUUCUUGAUUAUUCUGUGUGUUGUCGAGGCCAUUCUGCUGCUGGCGUUGAUCUUUCUGAGAACUCGUAUUCUCAUCGCCAUCGCUCUUAUUCAGGAGACCAGCAAGGCGCUGGGUCACAUGAUGUCAACACUGAUCUAUCCCAUCGUCACGUUUGUGCUGCUGUUGGUGUGUGUGUCGUACUGGGGAAUCACAGCGCUAUAUCUGGCCACAUCAGGCGCUCCUGUCUACAAGGUGGUGGCGAUGAACACGUCACAGGGAGACUGCAGCGUCAUACGAGUCAACGAGACCUGCGACCCGGAGAUGUUCAACAGUACGCAGUAUCCCUCGUGUCCGUCGGCGCGCUGCAUCUUCAUUAACUAUAACGAGGAGGGUUUGUUCCAGAGGAACCUCUUUAACCUGCAGAUCUAUAACGUGGUUGCGUUCCUGUGGUGCGUGAACUUCGUCAUCGCUCUGGGUCACUGCACGCUCGCCGGAGCCUUCGGCUCUUAUUACUGGGCCUUCAGCAAACCAGCAGAUAUCCCAACAUUCCCUCUGAUCCAGUCCUUCAUGAGAGCGCUGCGGUAUCACGUGGGCUCUCUGGCGUUUUGUGUUGUUUUGGUGGUGGUGCUGGAUAAAGUGACGGAUCUGCUGCUGUUCUUCGGGAAGCUGCUGGUGGUCGGUGGAGUUGGUGUGCUGGCCUUCUUCUUCUUCUCCGGCAGGAUUCAGACUCCAGGAACCACGUUUGAAACGGCGGCUCUCAACUACUACUGGAUGCCCAUCAUGACGGUGGUGUUCGGUGCGUAUCUGAUCGCUCACGGCUUCUUCAGUGUGUAUAACAUGGGUGUGGACACACUCUUCCUGUGUUUCUUGGAGGAUCUGGAGCGUAAUGACGGCAGUCCACAGAAACCAUACUUCAUGUCCAAGAAUCUGAUGAAGAUCCUCAACAAGAAGAACAAAGCGCCCAAGACGGGCUGAUGAUGAUGAAGAUGACGAAGGUUUCUGACUUCAUUCUCUCAAACACCGUCACUUUCAGCCGAAGCGUGAAGAUCCCAGUGAAUCCAUGUACAGAUGCUUUUAAACAUUUUAUUUUUUCUUGUUACUGAGAAUAUCUGAGACUCGAUCUCAGAGUUUUGUUUUCAGCAGAACCAAGUGUAACUCAUGAAUCAAAAGCACCAAAGAUUAAGAAUCACAUCCAAACUGCUGGAAACCGGUUUACUGAAAAUGUGCCAGUGAUUUUUUAUUUUUUUUGUCCAAAGCAAAUGCAAGAAACUUGGAUGAUGUCUGUGAGCCAAAGCUUUUGUUAUUAGCCAUUAUUUUCAUUAUAGUAAUAUAUUUGGUUUAUGCUUUUAAUAUGCGAGAUGUGCACAGUGAAGCUAUAUUGCACAUACAAAUGACUGUUUUGGUGCAGAUUAAUAACUAAAGAUCUGUUCUUCCAAGACUGCUGAACGUUUUUAAAGCUCCAAAAUAUGAGAAUAUCUGACACUCCAUAAGCCUGAAUGAAAGCCGCAGUUUUAAAUGUUUUUAUAGUUGCAGUAGUGCAUGCUCUUUUCACAUGAUUUUCUGUUCAGUUAUGUGUGAUUUAGUGUAAACUGGAAAUAAACAGAGAAUAUUUAUUUAAAGAUAUAUACAUUUAAUAAAAAAUGUUGCAUAUUACCGAGCGCUUGUUUUGAAUACAGACUGAUACUGAUGGAAAAUAACAGCUGGAUUUAUUCACUGAACUAAA